UAUUACGAAGCUGACAGAAACCGGAAGUACAGCAUGUGCUGAAAUUUCUUUCAUAACUGUUCUGCUUUUUUCGAUAAUUAUUCAAUAUGAGUCGCCUUACGACCAGAACAUUGUUUCUUUUAAACAACAGAAAGGUUUUACACUCUUUUCUUGCCCGAUAUUCAACUGACACUGGCAGUAAAGAGUUCAUUGACGGACUUGUCAAGGACAAAAAUGUUGUUGUGUUCAUGAAGGGCACUGCUGAUCAGCCCAAGUGUGGAUUUAGCAAUGCAGUUGUUCAAAUACUCAACUUUCAUGGAGUGAACACCUUCGAUAACCAUGAUGUGCUGGAAGAUGAAAAGUUACGCCAAGGUAUAAAAGACUACACAAGUUGGCCAACCAUACCCCAAGUGUUUAUAGGUGGGGAAUUUGUUGGUGGCUGUGAUGUCAUGCUGGAAAUGCACAAGAAUGGAGACUUAAUUGAAGAACUUCAGAAAGUGGGCAUCAGAUCUGCAUUACUUGAUAAAGUUGACAGUGAAGGAAAGAAAGACUGAAGAAUUCCAGCUACAGGUGUGAAAGUUAAAGGAACAUUCUUGCUGUUCCCUGGCAUAUUGUUGAUGUAAAAGGAACCUUAAGUCCUCACAGUUUCAAAAUAAGUUAUUUGUUUAAAACGUGCCAUUAAACUGUCAGUGCUUUAAGCAUUGAAGUUUAAAUGAUUUUUAAGUGUUUUACUGACAUUUCUUUAAAGAAGAAGAACCUAUGCAUUGAAGCCACAUUUAGUUAUGAUAUAUCUUUAUUUGUUACAUCAACAUAACAUGUAGAUGAUAAGGUUAUGAUAUAUCUUUAUUUGGUACACCAACAUAACAUGUAGAUGAUAUGGUUGUUAAAUUGCUUACAAAUAUCUACACAGAUUCAAAAGAUGUAAUAGAAUGAAGUCCUUAAGUAUUUUACUGUACAGGUUAAGAUUUUGUUUUUGGCUAUUAUUAUUAUUGUUAAACUCAUCCAUGGUUGCUUACAGCUCAGUCACAUCAUGUGUUCUGUUUUGUUUUUCUACUAUGAUUAUCAAUGUACGUAUGUAUGUGUAUACCAUAAUAAGUAUGUUCCAUAUCAAUGAAUUAAUUUUAGCUCAUUGGAACAAACUUCAACAAAGCUACCAGUAUCAUACAGGUUGAUGCUUGUAAAUAUCAUUUUUCUAUGUUGACUGACAAAUGCUUUGUGAGCACCUGUUCUUUGAAAAUAAAAAUUGUAUUUACAAUACAACAGCACAC